UGAGCAUGACAAGGUUGAGAAACCAGCCUAACCCAGGAGACACCUUAAAGUAGGCCCCACCUCUUGACCUGCGCCCCUACCAUUUCCAGGGCAAAUUGUCCCGGAAGCCAUCAUGUCCUGAGACUACCGAGCCUGUCUGAGGUAGGACAGUCCUGCCUCCCCACCUCCUGGGAAGGACCAUCCCCAUCUCUUCCCAUUGAGGAGGCCCCUCGUCACCCCUGUGAACCCCAAAGGUUCACCAGCGACAGUGCCUUUGGGAAGACCCCCCUCUCUGUGCCAUUGGACAGAGAGGAAAGGCUCAGUCUCAGCUGCACAGGGUCCCCCACUUUCCAUCCUCUGAGAUCUGAGCUCUCCUUGUCCACUGUCAGACCUCUGUGUGAGUCUCACAGUAGAGCUGAAUUUCAGAAGAAGAAAGAGGAAAAAGUGAAGUCCUCAGAGAUUGGUUAACAGGGAACCCACAGGAGAGAGGACUCAGCCUUGGGUGGGACCCACAACCAAGAUGGGACCUUUGAAGGCAUCUGAAGUCAUAGAAGAGUUGGGUGCCCACAGGGUCAGAGCUCCCGUGGGUGCCUGCAGCUACAUGUUGGGGGUCAGAACACCUCUGCGGUCACCGCCAAGGCCCGAGAGGAUGAAAGAUGUGGCCUUCAGCCCAGGACUGUCAUUCUUGACUACAAGGAAGUGACAUAUGGCAGAGGGUGGGGACACCACCAAGGAGGAAACGUCCCAGCGGCUCUGCUGUGCGGAGACGUGUGGCCGUCAGAGGAGCAGCCAUGUGCUCUGAGAAGAGGCAGCAGCCUCUCUGAGGCCACGGGCCUGUCCUGUCAUUGGGAUUGAGAGCUGAAGCCCAGGGCACCGAGAUCGGGGGUCUGCAGCAGCCUGUGCAGCUCCUGACCGACCUGGCGCUGCUGCAGGCUGUGUCUGUGCGGAGACAUGACCCCGAGGAGCGGGGCCACGUGGCUGCCUUCAGCUCUGCUCCUUCUCCAGGUCCCAGGCUGUUUGUCUCUGAGCGGCCCUGGGCACGUGAUGGGCACCGUGGGGGGAUCGCUGAGCGUGCAGUGUCGGUACGAGAAGGAGUUCAAGGAAAAUAACAAAUACUGGUGCAAAAGCCCAUGUUUGCCAUCACUGAACAGGAAGAUUGUGGGGACCACAGAGUCAGAGAGAGAAGUGAGGCGCGGCCGUGUGUCCAUCAGGGACCAUCCAGCAAACCUCACCUUCACAGUGACCUUGGAGAGCCUCACAGAGGGCGAUGGAGGCACAUACAGGUGUGGGAUCCAUAGACCAUGGACAGAAGGACUGAUACACCUCACCUUCCCGGUUGAGGUGUCUGUGUCCCCAGCCCCCACCCUGAAGAUCGUCACAAGCACCCUGGGCCCUAUAAGCACCCUGGACCCUCCAAGCACGCUGGGCCCUUCCUCCUCCCUGCCAGUGACCACUGGGCCCAGCCUGACCAGCCUGGAGACGCCUGAUGCCAGCCAACACCCUCGGUCCCUGCUCAGCAGUGUCCACUUCCUGCUCCUCAUAUUCCUGAAGGUGCCCCUGCUCCUGAGCAUGCUCAGUGCUGUCCUCUGGGUGAACAGGCCUCAGCGGGCAGCUUGUGAGGAAACACAGUUUGGCUAAGACAACCUGCCACCGUCCCCGCCCACCCAUGUCCUGUCCAGAGACACAGCCACUCGGGCUACAGAAGACAGAGCCGCCACCCUGAGCCUUACAUCCCUUUUCAGCUUAUCACCAGAGACUUAAAAAAACAUUUUAAUGACUAUAUCACCUACACAAACGUGUGUAUAUGAACAGUUGAAGGACUAAAAAUAAACAUCUGUGUACCCGCCAUUCAGCCUAAGAAAUCAAACAUCAUGGAGACAUUUAAAGCCCCACCUACUUCUCCCUGACCUCAAGUCCUGCCAGCGUCAACCACUCUCUCCAUUAGUUUGUGCCAAUCAUUUCUAUUACCAACCUCACAGUUAAGAAGGAAGACCACGCUUGUGGCAGUUCUUAAGGCCACCAACAGGCGGGGCCAGAGGCCAUCUGCAGAGCUUCACUAUGGACCUCUUCGUGGACUUAGAAAUAAUUCUUCUCCAACAGGAUUGCUUCUCAGUUGCUGGGUCCCUCCCGGCUGAUCCCCAAAUCCAGACCCAUUGUAUCCUGCUUGCCUUUCCCCCAGGCUGGGUCCACUCCCCGCCCCAUCCUGCUCAUCAGCCUGGGCUAUCUGAGUAGGGACCCCCUUGUCUCCAUGGGGGCCAACCAGAUGUGGACUCAGGCAUUCAGGGGGCCAGGGGCUCAAGGUACAAACAGGGGUCUGGAGCCCAGUGGUCAGCUCAGACUGGAGUAGACUGAACUUAGGGGUGGGGAUGGAACCAGGUGUGAGAGACGAAGACACACCUGAUUCCUGUCCAAGGCUUCAGAUUUCUUGAGAAGCAACACCAUGUGGAUCUGCUGAUUUCUCACUCCCUGGGAGAGCCAGAGAGACCCAGGGCCUCAGUGAACACGUUCAGCGAGCUUGGAACAUCAGGUGCUGACAGCUGUCACCACUUCCUAUUCCCGAGGAACAAGGGAACUUGUGUCUAAGGGACUAACUAUUACCGGUGCCAGGAAGCGGCUAAGGAAGGGCAGCUGUGGGAUGAGAAUCAAGGAGACAGAGUGCAGGGGUGAAGAGAGAUGGGUGGGAAGUGGGGAGGGGUGGUGGGGUCCAUCUUGCAGUGUCCUGGGAGAGUCUGCAGUUUGGCCCGGCCUGGCAUCCCAUGAACAGCCUUAAAAUUAGUCUUUAACAUGAUCUCUACAUUGAAUUAUCUACACCACCACAGGCUGUGUUGGUAGAUGUGUUUAUGCUAUGUAUUCAUACAUGUUUUUUAUUCCUACUAUGCUACCAGAGUUAAUAUUUUAAUGCAAUAGUCAUCUUGUUAUUGUUUGAUUGAUUAUUCUUUGUGGGCAUUUGUGUAGCAAAAGUUGAUUCCUGAACUAGACACAUUUAAAAUAUGCCACCAUUUUGGUGACCCUAUUUUGACAUCUCUAUUUUUUUUCAAGACGAUGUGAGCUUCAAAAAUAAAAGUUAACAAUGUAUAAGGUGUCUGGUGGGGACUAGACUUAUCAGGGUGAUCACUCUGUCAGAUAUAUAAGUGUCUGGGCGCUAUGUUGUUCAACUGAAACUAGGGCCUGGCGAGGGAUGGACACUCUGACUGAAACAUGGGGUCACUAAGGGGCAAGGGGAGUGAGACCCUUGUCAGGUCCCGUCGGGUCGAGUCGGCCAAACAAGGAGAGUGUGUCUCAGUGGACGACGCGCGGCGAGGAGUGCCACUGCUGCUGUUGAUC